AUGGGGUUUAGUGAGCGAUGGGUCAAUUUAAUGAAGGAAUGUGUGUCAACUGUUCAGUACAAAGUCUUGGUAGAACAGAAGGAAUGGGGGCUUAUUAGUCCAGGUAGGGGUUUGAGACAAGGUGAUCCUCUUUCCCCUUGUUUAUUCAUUAUUGUUGCGGAGAGUCUUAGUGCCAUGUUGCGUGUUCAGGAGAGGGUGGGGGCUCUGCACGGGGUUAGAGUUGCUAGGGGUGCUCCGGCGGUGUCUCACUUGUUUUUUGCCGAUGAUUGUCUUUUUUUCUUUCAGGCAAACAAUUUAGAGGCAGGGGUUAUUGAGGCGGUUUUGAGGGAGUAUGGGGAGGCGAGGGAGGGGGAGGUAUUUGGGCUUACCUGGCUAUGUUGGAAGGAGGAAGAGCGAGAUCCUGGGGUUUAUCGGGACAGGGUGUUCUUGUUACCAAAGGGCUUGUGUGAUGAGAUUGAGAAAAUUAUGAACUCUUACUGGUGGGGAUGUGAGAGCCGUGGAUGUAGGGGGAUUAGGUGGAGUGAUUGGAGUGAUCUUUGUAGACCAAAGACUCAUGGGGGAAUGGGAUUCCGUCAUGUUCGAGACAUGAACUUAGCAAUGCUUGGGAAGUAG